GAAGGUACAUCAGACAGGAAUCUUUUUCAGGGGAAGAAUAUCACAUAAUUUGUUUACAAUUGGUGACGCCUCUGUUGUUAUUCUUUCUGGGAAGACUUCUUUUAUUGUGUCCUCUUUUCUUACACAUUUAUUCAUUGAUUGGCAGUUUACAAUGGAAAUGGCUGCUACUGAGACAUCACAUGUUCCAAAAAGUUACUCUCUGAAUAUGUUUAAAGACUUUGUUCCUAUGUGUGUGUUCUCUGAAACAAAUCAAGUUGAAGACUUACAACAGGCAUGCCAAAGCAGUUAGUUUGUAUGAUUACCAUGGGCAGAAUGUGUGGUAAACUUAGCACUUUAGACAUCUUCAAAGUUAAUUUCCUUGCCUGGAACUGUCAUACUUUACUACUUAUAGAUGCAUUUUUUCUCCAACUUCAUAUUCUUUUUGUAAGCAAAACUUUUGUGGCUUGUGAAGACGUUUUCAAGAAUUUAAACUAUUGUGAAGAGCAAUAUUUUCCUGUUGACAUGUUUAGUCAAACUAAGUUAGAAGGGCUUUUCUGAAGUGCUUCACCUCUUCUUUUCUUAUUAUAUAGGUAGGGUUGGUACGGAAGGGAAGGUUGAGCAUAAAUUUGACAUGAAACCCCAUGAGGAAAACAUUGAGGAGUAUGGGAGGUUGUGCCGUGAAAGAACAAAUAAGUCCAUGAUCAAGAAUAGGCAAAUACAGGUGAUAGAUAAUGACCGUGGAGUGCACAUGAGGCCCAUGCCUGGAAUGGUUGGCUUGAUUUCAUCCAACACCAAGGACAAGAAGAAAACAGCACCAGUUAAACAGUCAGACAUGAAGAGAACCAGAAGGGAUCGUGGGGAAUUGGAGGAUAUAAUGUUCAAGCUGUUUGAAAGUCAACCAAAUUGGGCUUUGAAGCAACUUGUGAAGGAAACUGAUCAACCUGCGCAAUUCUUGAAAGAGAUACUGAAUGAGCUAUGCGUGUACAAUAAGAGAGGUACUAACCAGGGAACUUACGAGCUGAAGCCAGAAUAUAAGAAAUCUGUUGAGGAUACAGGUGCUGACCAAUAGUAAUCCAGAUCCCUCAGUACAUGUACAAUAAUUUUUUUUAAUCAGAUGAAAGUAAGCAGGGUUAAGAACCCUUAUGAAAUAGCAAGAAACAUCAGCAGAACAAGCAGUGAGCCAUGCUACGGGAAAUUAGAUUGAUAAGGUGUUUGAGGAAGCAUUCUAUGCGGCUGGUUCUUUGAAUUCAUGCUGUGUAUUUAUAAGCAGAAUUUUUCGAAACCUGAGUAUAAAGCUAGAGAAACGAAAUUGACGUUUACUUUGAAAAUGUUUAUCAACAAAAGAUUUGUGUCAAG